UGAACACCUGUAUGAUGGAACUGGAACAGAGUGAAAAAGGUGAAGCUUAACCGAACUACUCUAGUGACAGUGUUCUAAUGCAAAGAUCUCUAUUGAAGAGCGUUAAGCGAUCCAUACAACUGAAAGGAACAAAUAAUUACGUUGCAUAUCUUUCAAAAUCUACCAUUCAAAGGAGCCACGCUAUUGAAUAUACCACACGUAAGGAUGUGGUAUCUUGGACAAGGGUUAUCUCGGCUCUUGCCAAAUAUGGCUCCAGCUGUGAGAUGGCUUUGCUUGAGGCUUCUCAGAUGCGUAGCUCUGGUAUAAAACCCAACAGCUACACUAUGGUCUGCCUGAUCCAAGCUUCAACAAAUCUGGGAUAUACUUCCUAUGUUCAGCAGCUUCACAGCUACAUUCUACUGUCUGGGUUCAGCACUAGUGUCUUUGUGUCGACAGCUUUGAUUAGCUAUUAUUCAAAAUGGGAACUAUUGUACGAUGCCCACAAAGUGUUUGUGGAAAUUCCUGCGCCAAAUAUAGUUUGUUGGAAUACUUUGAUUUCUGGAUAUGUGCAUAACGAUCAGUUCCACAAAGCAGUGAGUUUGGUUUUGGAGCUGUACAGGACGGAAUUACGUGCAGAUUCUUUCACUUUCUCUGCAGCAUUAGCUACCUGUGCCCAAUUGAGUUUCUUGGAAUUAGGCAAGUCGUUCCACUCAAUGAUAGUAAAAUUCGGACUGAAAUGGAGUGUUGUAGUUGGGAACUGUUUAAUUGAUAUGUACGGGAAGUGCGGGUCUCCAGAGGAAGCAAUCCAAGCAUUUCAUGAGAUCAUCAACAAAGACACAGUAUCUUGGAAUUCAGUCAUUGGGGCAAGUGCUAGAAAUGGAAGACUCAAAGAAGCAUUAAGCAUUCUUCUUCAGAUGCCAGUCCCGGAUACAAUCUCGUAUAAUGAAGUGAUCAAUGGCAUUGCCCAAUUUGGAGACAUGGAGGAUGCCAUCAAUGUUUUGUCAAGAACACCAAAACCCAGUCUGGCUUCAUGGAAUUCGAUAGUCAGUGGGUAUGUAAACAGGCAUCGGGUGCCAGAAGCACUGGAUUUCUUCAGCAAGAUGCAUUCUGAGGAUAUCAGAAUGGAUGAGUUCACAUUUGCUAGCAUUCUACGAGGGAUUGCCAGCAUCUCAGCUCUAACAUGGGGGAUACUUAUUCACUGUUGCAUGGUUAAGAGUGGCUGGGACGCAUCGGUAAUCAUUGGCAGUGCUUUAAUAGACAUGUACUCCAAAUGUGGGCAGGUAAACAGUGCUGAAUCGGUGUUCUAUUCGAUGCCAAGAAAGAAUUUGGUAUCAUGGAAUGCAAUGAUAUCUGGCUAUUCUCACAACGGGGAUACGAGUGCAGUAAUUGCGCUGUUUGAGCAGAUGAAGUUGGUACAAGAACCUGAUGGGAUCACUUUUCUAAGUGUGUUAUCAGCAUGUGGCCAGGAUGUGGGUCUAUCACACCUGGGUAUCCAAUACUUGGAGUUAAUGAACAGGAACUAUGGAAUUGAGCCAACGGCCGAACACUGUUCUUGCAUAAUUCAUGUACUGGGGCAAGUAGGGGAGGUUGAGAAGGCAAAAAGAAUGAUACAUGAGAUGGGGUUUGGGUCAUGUGGGUUGGUUUGGAGAGCCUUGCUUGGUGCAGCAUGCAGAGCUUGUGGGGGGAAUCUAAAGAUUGCUAAGGUUGCAGCUGCAAAGGUGAUUGAGUUGCAGGGGGAAGAUGAGUUCGUGUACGUGCUUUUGUCAAACAUGUAUGCAUCUCAUGGGAAAUGGGGAGAGGUGAGUGCUGUUAGGGAGAUGAUGAGGGAGAGAGGGUUUAGGAAAGAAGCUGGUUAUAGUUGGAUUGAGGUUGAAAAUAUUGUCUCAACCAACUCAGUUACCCAACAUAAGAAUUAAAGAACUAUACAACUUCAUUUCUCA